UUCCAUUUGCAUCACACUGUCGAGCAAAAAAAAAAAAACAGCCCAAAAUGUGCCGUGCAGAAAUGUGUGCAGAUUAAAGUGAACAGACCUGGAAGAGGAUGCUACAGAAAACUGCUCCCAAAUCAGCCCUUAGUGUUGGAAAUAAGAGUUCACUUCGGAUCCAGCAGCCAAAGUUUGACGCAAUUCUUCCCCGGGGGGACAUCAGGAAUAGGCUGGAUUGUCACCAUGGAAGUAUUUCAUGAGGAAAAAGUAGAGCUAUAUCCUCUAUAAUCUGGAUUUGGGGGCAAUCUGAGGAGGAAGUUUGGGGGAAAAAAACAAACAUUUUAAAUGCAAGUUGUGUGCAGUAGUUCACGGUUUUCCAGAUGUCUCUGCUGAUGCAAACAGCGGCUGCUUAUUGAAACACAUUCACACCCCAAAGAGGAAAGAAAAAAGGAGCAUAUUUCUUCUUUUAUUGCAACUUUAAGCUUUAUUAACGUCGCUGGGAAUGACUGUAAGAGCAAUUUGGGAUUUUCCAGCAAGCGUUUCCAUUAAAAUAACUGGGUUUUAAACUCUAUAUGCUGGAUGUAACGACUCGUCGACGUUUUCUGGACAUGGACGGACACCGAGGACACAAUAUAAAGGAGCCGCUUUAAUAAAUAAGAGCCAGGCGUUAUGAUGAAAAUGUUAUUCGGGUGAAGUCCUCGGAAAACUCGUAAGGGAAGCUCAAUGAGUGGCACACAGUCAACACUCACUGACAGGACCCCAAGCAUUCUCAACAAGGACCCCACAGACAAGAAACGUAAAAAUGAGAAAUCCUCAGUCUCCCUCAAACAUGAGUUUGACCCCACAGGUCUUGUCCAGCGGUGUGUGAUAAUCCAGAGAGAUGAAAAUGGCUUUGGGCUGACCGUAAGUGGAGACAACCCUGUGUUUGUGCAGCUGGUUAAAGAAGAUGGAGCUGCAAUGCGAGCUGGUGUUCAGACAGGAGACAGGAUCAUUAAGGUUAAUGGGACCUUAGUUACACAUUCAAACCACAUAGAGGUUGUGAAGCUCAUAAAAUCGGGUUCCUAUGUGGCUCUGACAGUGCUGGGGAGGCCUCCGGGGCUUCGUCAGAUCCCCCUGGAGGAGGGAGAGGAGAAAGAGAAGGAGGAAGGGGCAGAGGUCAGUCCACCCUCCUCUCUCUCAGCUCCACACUCACCUGCGCUGCCAGGUGGGGAGCAAUGCGGCCCCGUGACCGGCAGCACGUCCUGCAGCCCCCAGGACCACAUCGCCUCCUCUCUGCCUGAUGGGGCUGAGAACAAAACCAUGCACAGUCAGAAGGCAGACAAUCUGCACAAGAUGCUAACCAGGGAGCAACAAGACCUACAGGUUGGAGCCACAGGGUCCAGGAGUAGUGACGCUGACGAGGGCAACAGUGGGGCUCCUCUGAGGGAACAGACCCCGUCCGCCCGGGGUGACAGCGGUAACGACGGGCCCUCGACCAACAAUAACUCUAUGCACAGCAGCCCCCUCCCAGAGAGUCCUGGCAAAAGAGAGACGCCCUGUCAGAGCCCGGACGUCAGCCGCAAAGACGGCAUCAACUUCUGCUCGUCGCCCGACGCUGAGGACCCCCCUGACACAGACUGCAGUGCUCAGUGCAUUGUUGGUAGCUCUCCCUACCUCCUCCACCCCCAGAUCAUCGGAGCAGAAGAUGAAUACUUUGGCUCUCAGCAAGAGCAGAUUAAUGGAGAGUGCAGCUCUUUCCAGAAUAUAGACUUGCUGAAAUCUCGGCCAGCUCACCUCGCAGUCUUUCUUCAUCACGUUGUCUCACAGUUUGACCCUGCACCUUUGCUCUGUUAUCUCUACGCUGACAUGCACAAGCAAACCAGCUCCAAAGAAAGCCGGCGCUUCUUUAUUGAAUUCCACUCAUUCUUUAUGGAUCGAACAGCAAAUCUUAAAGUACCCCUGCCAGACACAAUAGCAGCUGAAUUGGAGAAGCGGAGGCUGGAGUUAAUCCCUGAGGAGGUCUGCAAACAGUACACGCAGCUGUUACAGGACACACUUCUACCAGACCUGCACAAGAACCUGGAAGACUUCAGACAGAAGCGCAGUAUGGGUCUAACUCUGGCCGAAGAUGAGCUGUCUAAGCUGGACUUGGAGCAAGGAAAAGAGGCCUUGGAGAAGGAAUGCUCCUGUGCUGAACACAUCCUCUCCAAGAUAGAUGAUAUCCUGUUGGUGUCACAGCCCACAGAAGAGGAGAAGUGCCAAACAAUGCAGUAUGUGAUUCUCACCUAUAUGAAGCACCUUGGGGUGAAAGUGAAGGAGCCUCGCAGCCUCGAACAUAAACGGGCACGCAUCAACUUCCUACCCAAGAUUAAGAAGACUAUCAAGUCUGAGAAGGACGGUGAGGAGAAGGUGAAAAAGCCUCGGUUUCCCAACAUCCUCGGCCCCCCUCGGCGUAUCAGCAGAGUGGACUCCACCUCAGUCGGUAAGGCUGUGGAGAUGAACAAGCAGCGGUCACCAAAGCAGCUCUCUCAGCCGGCCUUCGGCAUACCUGAGCAGUCGGACUCAUCUGCAGCGAAUUCUGGACGGAUCCGUGGAAAUCAGUCCAGUGAGGGAUCGGACACCAGCAGCCAAUUUUUGCCUUCCACCACCUCCCCUACGCACAGCUCGCCCACCGGUCAGACUUCAGAUACAAGUGGACAAGACUCAGACUCCAAUGUGUCUCCAUUCUGCAUCCAGCCCAGGCUGAGCGAGGGUCUGCAGUCUGGUGACCACCAGGAAGGCGUCUCCAGUCCGACUCAGUUUGACUUCAGCCCCUCCAACUUGGAGCAGUCACCGGAGGAAGACCAGGACACGUUCAGCAGGAUGGAGGUGCAGUGUGGGGUGUGUUCAGCUGACGUCCAGAGUGAAGACGAUCAGGGAGGUGAGAUAGAGUAUGAAGAGGACCCUCUGAACUGGCAGAGUCUGGUCAGCCGAGGCGUUUUGGCCAGCUUAACGCCACAGGAGAUCAAACGGCAGGAAGUCAUCAAUGAGCUGUUCUACACUGAGCGCGCCCACUUGCGGACUCUGAAGGUGCUGGACGUUGUUUUCUACCAGAGGUUGAGCAGAGACGGUAUCCUCCCCCCAGAAGACAUCAAACACAUCUUUAUUAACCUGGAGGAAAUCAUUCAGCUGCAUGUUUAUGUAACAGAGCAGAUGACAGCGAUUGGGAAGAGGAGUGAGACAUCGGUCAUCGGUCCGAUCGCAGAUGAUCUCCUGGCGUGGUUCAGCGGGGAGGAAGAGGAGAAGAUAAAGAGAGCAGUGGGAACUUUCUGUAGUAACCAGCCGUCUGCACUGGAGCUCAUCAAGAGCCGGAAGAAGAAAGACCAGAGGUUCAAUUUAUUCAUGCAGAAAGCUGAGAGCAACCGUCUGUGUCGCAGGCUGCAGCUUAAAGACAUCAUUCCUGUAGAAAUGCAGAGAGUCACCAAGUAUCCACUCCUACUGGACAAGAUUGCCAAGUACACAGAAGAUGGCGAUGAGAGGGAGAAGGUGAAGAAAGCUGGAGAAUGUUGCAAAAAGAUCCUCAACCACGUCAACCAGGCUGUCAAAGAGGCUGAAAACAAACAGAGGUUACAGGAUUAUCAGAGGAGGUUAGACCUCUCAUCGCUCAAACCUAGUGAAAACCCAAUGAUCCUGGAGCUGAAGAAUCUGGACCUGACCAAGAGGAAGAUGGUGCACGAGGGACCUCUCUCCUGGAAAGUCAAUAAAGACAAGACAAUUGAGCUGUACACGAUCCUCCUGGAGGAUAUCCUGGUUUUACUGCAGAAACAGGACGAGCGUUUGGUCCUCAAAUUCCACGGCAAGAAUCCUGCCAGCGCCGCCGACACCAAACACAUCUUCAGCCCCAUCAUCAAACUCAACACCGUGUUGGUUCGCCCAGUGGCGACUGACAACAAGUCUUUCUUCGUGCUGUCCAUGUCUGAAAACGGGGCUCAGAUCUACGAGCUGAUGGCGCAGACGGUGUUCGAUCAAAGAGCGUGGCAGUGUCUGAUCACACAAUGUGCUGAAGCCAUGAAGGCCAAACCCCACAGCAACAGAGACACACCUUCGGCUCAGUCUGAUGCUGAGCGGGAUGCGAUUGAAAUCAUCAAACAUGGGAUGCCCAAGGCGAGCAAAGAUCCUAACAGCACAUCGAGCGGAAGCAUCAGUUCUUCAGAUAAAGACGCCGCCUCUUCUCCCGACAUUCAAGCUCCACCGAGUAUGAACCCGUUCGAUGGCAUGAAAUCAGAAGACGAGGAAGAGGAGAUGGCCGUAGCGGACAGGCAGGAGGAUGAGGAGGAGGAUGAAGAGGUGGAUGAAGCAGAACUAGAGGCUUUCCUGGACGGGCAGCUGGCAGACACACUGCCCUUCCUGCAGCAAGGGUCACGUCAGGGCAUCGCCAUUGAAAACCAGGAGCACAACGCGUUCGGCUUACCCUCCUCCAAAGGGGAAGAGGCUCUCAGGACAUUGGCGAUGCUGAAGCAGUCUCUUUUCAACCACAUGAUGAGCAGAGAGGCAGAGGAGGAGACAGAGAACAAGCAGAGUGGGGCCCCUGGGUGUCAGCUGAAUGCCUCUCUGCCUGGGAGCCCUGAGGGGCCCUCUGCUGCGUGUGAUGAGGGCAGAGCGUCUGCAAACUCACAGAAAGACAGCCAUCAGCUCCCGUCAGGACCCUCAGGACUGUCAGAGACAGCUGAACGCAACGGUGGUUUUGUGGUUCUGGAUUUUGUUGGGGGCUCCGAGGAGAGCAGCACCGAUGAUGAUGGGGGAGUAGGAGGUGAUGUGGGUAUCGACAUGAGGAAACUGCUGUCCUCCUCCUCACAGACAGGGGGCAGCGGAGGCCCAAACCUCAGCAGGCAGCUUAUGACUCACCUGCGCCUCCUGCAGGCCGACCUGCAGUAUCUGAAGGAGGUGGAGAUAAAGUACAACGAGCUGCGACAAACACACAGCGACCCGGCUACUGACUCAGACGACAACAAUGAUGGGAUUCAGUGACGAAAGUCUUCCCGCUCUCUCCUUCGUAUGAGCCAGGUUUCAUUUUACUCCAUGAUUACUUUCUUCUGGAGGGAUCCUUGACCAUUUAACACUGAUGUCGCCCAAUAAUGGAGGCCGAAUGCCUGAUCUGCCACUUCAGGCAUUUGUGACAAUCAGUGGAAGACGUCAUUAUUAUAGGAAUGUUCCACUAUAAACUCAAAAUCCUUCUCAGGAGAGACACUGUGGAAUCACCUGAGGACAAUUCAGUUGCUUUCUGCUAUAAUAAUAAUAAUCAACUGCAUAAAUGAUCUUAAACACUGGAGAUAUGACAUGGAACAGGGCCAAUGCAUGUACAGCAGAGAAGCAUUAAGAGAUGAAAAGAGACUUGAAGACUCUGACAGUGACCACGCUGAGGAUCUGGAAGGUUCAGGACUCACUGCUGUAAGCUUGAUAUAAAAGUCUGCAAUAAGAGAUAACCUCUAACUGUACAUAUUCAGCCCGGCAUGCCACAUAGUUGAACAUACUUAAAGGUAGACUUCCUUAUUUUGUAAAAGUUAAAUGUUAAAUGCCAAAAUUGUACUCUCAAUACACUGAUUAUGUUUUUAAAUUUGGCAACACACAAGAGGCUGUCUUCAAAAUGAUUAUUUUAUGUUGUAUGUCUUUAGCCUAGCUUAGUGUAAAACUGGAAUUGAGGGUGAACAGCCAACCAGCACCUUUAGAGUUCACUUAUUAAAAUGUUGUGUCUUGUUUGUUUCAUCCAUACACAAACAAGAAAUUUAAAAAUGACUUUAUGGAUGGAGUUUAUGGUUUUUCAGGGAUUUUUGAAGUGCUGGACGGAUGGAUAAACUGUUGUCUGUCAUAAAAUAGUCCCACUAAAACCACAAAUUGUUUUUACAUUUAUGUUUCUGUACGGAUUAUUGUUAAUUAGUGAGCUUUAAAGGUGUUUUUAGGCAGAGCCAGGCUAACAAUUUCCCUCUACUUCCACUCUUUGUGCUAAGCUAGGCUAAUUAAGUCCUGAUAGUGACGUCUCACUCUCAGAAAGAAAGCGAAUAAGCAUACUGUAUGUUCUCAAGAUUGUAAAGUAGUAUUCUUUCAAGCACAUGAAUAAUACCAUUUAAAUUUGGUUAUAAGAGGCUUGUGUACGUGUUCAGGUUUAAUAGACUUUACAUCAUUUAUUUGGGAACUGACCACAAAUAUCCAAUGAAAAACAGUCCUAUUUUCAAAGAUAAAAACACUUCCAGUACUGUUUAUUAGUGUUCUUGGUUUGAAUGUCUGAGCAAAUAGCUUAAAAAUUAAAUAAUGUUCAGCAGCUGACUUUAAAGUCCCUGAUUUUCAAAUUUCCUAUAGCACUUGAAUGUAGCAUAAUACAGCAAAGACACUUUGAUCCAAGUCUGCCUACAGUUCACCAAAUUUGAGCCAAAUUAAUACAACAGUACAGAAGGAUGAUAAGAACAGAACCUGUUUCAAAGAAUCUACAUUGGUCAAAUGGAGUUUGGCACAUAUGCAGUAAGGAAACAGAUUUGGAAAAUACUGAUUGGUUUGUUGUUCCAGUGAGUGCUGAUAGUGAAAUCUGUAGUCCUCUGUCAUCUUCCCGGUAGGUAGAACGGCAAAACAACUACAGCUGUAAAAUUAAUUAUUGACAUUGUGUGUAACUGCUGGUGUCUUUCUGAUGCUGAAAUGCAUCUAAGAGCACAAAUACUCCAUCAAAUAGAUCGUGUGCACAUGUGAAUUUAUUGAAUUGAACUUAUUUGUAUUCCCGGCCCUUUUUUUCCUUACUUCCACUGGCCUCCAUGAUAGUGUGCACAGUGCGGUGAUUGACUAAUCUGAGUGCUUUUGUACAUCUUUAAACACUAAAAACGAGUCUCUGUAGUCCCCCGAAAUAUUGUGAGGAGGUUUUCUCCAAGAUCACUUCAGCCUCUGCAACAGGCUCCUCAUACAGGCUACAAAGAGUCACUCGUCAAACCUCUGCACUUCACUUCAGCGGUUGGAUGCAAAUAUUUGUUCACAUUAUGGCUUCGAUUUUUUAACGAAAUAGAUAAAAACAAAUUAAAAAGAAAAGCCUGAAAAGUCAGUGUAGACUAAAUAGAUUGUUAUGGACUGUUUUCAAUGUAAAGGAAUAUAAUGUACAAUUAUGACUGUAUUUUAAAGGUUUUGUGUGUUGUUUUGUUUUUUUACACCAUGCAAUCAUGUAAUGUUUUAACACAAACUACUUAAAAAGAGGGUAAAGUAUCCAUGCAGCAUUAAUCUGUGUCAUAAAUGUUCCAAAUGUUAUAUUUUAUUACGUUGUUAUUAACCCUGUUAACAUGUUUGCUGAUGAGAGCACAAAUAGCUCCUCUUAGAUGAGGAGAUUUUAAGAUGAUCUGUUGUUAAAAAUUAAGGAAAGACUGAAAAA